GGGAAAGGCCUGCAGUCUUUUGCUUUCCGGUCUGAUCGCUCGGCCGCUCUUCCGUUUCACAGAAUGCCUGGAGGUGGGAGCGAUGACGCAGCCCAUACUACGAAUCAUCAGAAGCAGAAUCAGAAUCAGAGCAGUACUCCCGACAAGGAUGUAGCUGCGCGCGUCUUCUUUGAGAACAUGUACAAGCUGCUCGUGGACGACUGCUACGUGCUCAGGAAGACGACCGGCUGCCACGAGCUCGCCGAGUUCAUCUACGGCGUCCACCGCAACCCAAAGGCAGCAGCCGAGCUCUACGAAGCCAACUGCCUCACACGGCACAACGCAAAGAGCUGCUUCCGAUCGGGCGUCCUCGCAUUCGACGGCGAAGGCGUUGCGCGCGAUUCCGUGCGCGCGUUGGCCAGAUUUCGACGCGCGUGCGAGCUCGGAUCGGCGGAAGGGUGCAACAACGCUGCCAUGAUGUUCCAGCGCGGCGUUGGGUGCCCCGCCGAUCUCGACGUUGCAGAGCGCUUGUUUCUGAAGGCGUGCGAUCAGUUGCUAUACACCAACGCAUGCUACAACUUGUCGAGCUUUUAUCUGCUGGGCGGCGUUGUUCCACCGGCUCCGCCAAAGCUAAAACCAGGCGAGACGCCUCCCGCAACACGUCCCCCGCUCCCUCCAGCGAACAAGGAGCUCCAAAACCUUCCCAAGGCCCUAGAGUACUCUCUUCGAGGGUGCGAAUACGGACAUCCAUACGCCUGCAUCAACGCCAGUCGGAUGUACUUGACCGGCGACGGGAUUCCCAAGGACGAGGUCAAAGGCACCUACUAUCGCCGGCAGGCCGAAGAGCUCUUGCAAAUAUACGUUCCAUCGAGUCCAUUUGCGCGGUGAAAUGGAUGGAUGUUGUAAUUGUACGAAAAUAGACGAAAUUCAUGACA